UGCAGGAGGGCAGGGCUUCUUAUGAUGCCUCUCACAGACGUGUGCUGCUGCAGUAUAGAAACGCAGUAACGGAAAUGUGACCCAAAGUGCAGUUCUGAAGAGAACUGAACUUUUGUAGUUUAUUACCUGAUAUCCAAAGUGGAGAAAAGGAAAAAGACAACUGAAUUCCAGCACCAGAGGAAUUAAUAGAAGAGAAGAGAAAAGUUUGAGACAUGUUGCUGUGCCGAGUGAAUUUCCUGGACGACACCUACUUUGUGUGGGAGCUGGAGAGAAAUGCACUGGGACAGGAUCUCUUUAAAAAAGUUUGUGACCACCUCAACCUGAUUGAGAGGGAUUAUUAUGGUCUGGUCAUGUGGGAUUCUCCUAGUACCAGGGUAUGGCUGGACUGUGCUAAAGAGAUCCGAAAACAGAUAAAGAGUCCAGAAACGGAAUUCUUUUUUAACAUCAAGUUUUACCCGCCUGAUCCCUCCAUCCUCGCUGAAGACAUCACAAGAUAUCUCCUGUGUCUUCAGCUGAGGAAAGACAUUCUGAUUGGCCGACUGCCCUGUCCAUCAGACAUCCUAGCUCUGUUGGGUUCAUACACCGUUCAGUCAACACUUGGUGAUUAUGAUCCAAAUCUCCACCAGAACAACUAUGUCAGUGAAAUUGUUCUUGCGCCCAAUCAGAGUGAAGAGUUGGAGGAGAGAAUAAUGGAGCUGCAUUCCACAUACAGAUUCAUGAGUCCUGCCCAGGCAGAUAUGCUUUUCCUCGAGAACGCCAUGCAGCUCCCCAUGUAUGGAGUAGACCUGCAUCCUGCCAAAGAUGUCAGUGGUGCAGAUGUGAUGAUCGGCGUUUGCUUUGAAGGACUAAUGGUAUAUGAGGAUGAGAUUAAAACAAACAUUUUCCUCUGGCCCAGAGUUCUUAAAACCUCCCACAAACGCAGCACCUUUUUUCUGAAGAUGCGCCCUUCUGAGGAGGAUGAGUUUGAGGGUGUCAUCAGCUUCAAAUUGGCCAGCUACCGAGCCUGCAAACAACUGUGGAAAUGCUGUGUGGAACAUCAUAGUUUCUUCAGGAACAGACUUCAAGACACAAAAACAAAAAGGCUCCUGACCUUGGGUUCAAGGUUCCGUUACCAAGGGCGCACACAGUCUGAGUGUCUGGAAGCCAGCGGCAACAUCACCCGGGCUCCUCCACAGUUCACACGUUUUAUCAUCAAGAGAAAAGGAAAUGAAGAAUUUCUUGAUGUUUUAAAACAACCAGUUCGAACAGAGUUGGAUGACUGGUUCCUGGUCUAUGGUCCAGAUAAAUGGCGCAUUUCUACAUCAGAUGAUGUCAUGCUAGAAAGUGAGGAGUUGCAGGAGUGGAAGCAUCAGCCAGACGACUGGUGUGUUCUUCUUGACGGCACCCCAUUUAUACUACUGGGUGUCCAGCAACCCCUCCAGACUGAAGAAAUGAGAGAAGAUGUGGAAGUUGUGGAGCGGUCAGAGGAUAAGCUCACAGAUGAGCUUGUGAUAAAACAGUCAUAUAAAGUUCAGGUCGUCCAGGAAGGGUCUGACAUCAUUGAGAAAAAACUUCCUGAUUUUGAAUUCAAACAGGAAAUUGUAAAACCUCUAAAGGAGACACUAAAAGAAGAAAUACUAGAAGUCAAUGGAGAAAGAACACAAAGGGUAGUGAUCACUAAACAGUGGACACAGGAGGUUAACUCUGUGGUGGAAUCACAAGAUGUAGACAAAAAGAUAGAGAUGAUGGAGAUGGUUGAAAGGCGUGUAAUAGUCACUGAAAAUAUGACACUGGGAUCUGAGGACACUUUUGACAGACUGGAAAUCAUGGAACAGAGACUAGAGGAGGUGGACGCUAUCAAGCAUAAGCUAGCUGAGGUGGAAGAGCUGAGGUUUGGAUUACAGGAAGUGGAACGUUUGGAACAAAGGUUGCAGCAAGUUGAGAAGGAGGAGCUCCAACGAGCCGAGCCAGAUGAUUGGUACAUUUUACUAGAUCGCAGACCACUGAUGCUCACUGCCGACAUAACCCCCAGAGGAGGAAUUCAAGAAGAGCUGCAACAGAUGUAUAUUCCCCAACCAAUGAAGAAAUAUGAUGAUUGGUACAUUGUGUUUGAUGUGCUUCCAAAAACUAUGGAAAUAUCACUCUCCCUUCCAGAUGUGAGCAGAUACACUCCUGAAGAAGAUCAGGGGGAAGAAGAGAAGAUAGUGGUAGAAAGAAAAAUACAGCAAGAGCUGGUGACACCCGAGGAGACAAAAACACAGACAAGAGAGGAGUUGAUUCAGAGCAGAGUGAAAACAGAGGAGGUCCAGGAGGAACAAGAGGAGCAGGUGGCAGUGGAUUAUAGGAGACUACAGCCAGUUGUUCUUGAGCAGAGAGCAGCAGAGCCUCAGACAGACACAGAGGAUGACUGGUUUGAUGUUUUGGAUGGUUCUCCUAAAAGAUCAGUGCCCUCCGUUGAGCUGUAUGAGGAGACCAGAGAGGAGGUGAUCCAGGGAAGAGUGAGAGCAGAGCAAAUAAACCAACAGGAGCAGGUGACAGUGGAUUAUGGGAGACCACAGACAGUUAUUCUGGAGCAGAAGACAACACAGCCUCAAAGAGACGUGGAGGAUGACUGGUUCAUCUAUUUUGACAUUUCUUCUAAAGAAUCAGAGCCGUUGGUGUAUCCAUUACUGCCAGCUCCAGCUGUUGAGCUGUAUGAGGAGACCAGAGAGGAAGUGAUUCAGAGCAGAGUGAGAACAGAGGAGCAAGUGACUGAGGUGAAGACCGUGAGCGCUAAAGAACAAACAAUCAUACUAGAGAAGGAGAGGACAAGCAUCAAACAAGCACCACAGCUUCCAGUUACGCCCAGAGACAUUGAUGAUGACUGGUUUCAGCUUUUUGACAAAGAGCCGCAUGAGCAGAAGAGUUUCCCAUCAGAAGCUCGUGUUGUGUCUGUGCCUCCUUUGGAGUCCGAAGAAAAGCCAGCUGUGGAGAGAAGGAGAAAAGAAGAGGAGCAGAUAAACCCACAGGAGCAGAUGACAGAGGUUUAUAGAAGGCCAGAGCCAGUUAUUCUGGAGCAGAAAGCAGCAGAGCCUCAAAGAGACGUGGAGGAUGACUGGUUCCAUUUAGAUGUCUCUCCUAAAGAAUCAGUGCCCUUAUCUCCACUACGGCGAGCUCCAGCUGUUGAGCUGUAUGAGGAGACCAGAGAGGAAGUGAUUCAGAGCAGAGUGAGGACAGAGGAGCAAGUGACUGAGGUGAUGACCGUGAGCACUAAAGAACAAACAAUCAUACUAGAGAAGGAGAGGACAAGCAUCAUACAAGCACCACAGCUUCCAGUCACGCCCAGAGACAUUGAUGAUGACUGGUUUCAGCUUUUUGACAAAGAGCCGCAUGAGCAGAAGAGUUUGCCAUCAGAUGUCAGAGGCAGAGAUUUUGAGGUCCGUGAACCCAUCAAAGACCAGAGAGUUCAGAGAGUGGUGGAAGAGCAGAUGAGAGAGAAGACACUGAUCACUGAAGAAAAGAGAGUGAUCAUCGAUGAACGCAGAGAGAGAGCUGAUGCUGUGAUUCCUGUCGAGGUUCGGGAAGCUGAUGAUGACUGGUUUGAGAUUUUGGAUGCAGCACCUCCUGAGAUGAGGAGCGUCCCUUCAGUUGCAGUGGCUACCGAAGAGCGCAGGAUGAAAGAACAGGAAGACGGAAGAGUGAGACAGCAGCAGAUGAGAGUGAGAGAGGAGGAGGAAGAGAGACUAAGAGAACAAGAGAAGCGAAAACAGGAGCUGGAUUUAAGAAGAGCUCAAGCAGCUGUUACUGUGAAGACAGAAGCACAGCCUCAGAUUGAAAAAGAUGACGACUGGUUCAUUCUUUUUGAUGUUUCACUAAAAGAAGCAGUUGUUGCAGAUGUCCUUAAAGUGGACAGGAGGGCUGAGGAAGAGAAGAUGAGAUGGGAAGAAGAACGGAGGAAGCAGAUAAAAAUAGAGGAAAGAAUAAAAACACCAUCUGUACCAGAGAAAAAACCAGUACACCUGCAGACAGAAGUGGAGGAUGACUGGUCCACACUUAUGGGCAUCUCCUCUAAAGAUUACACUCCCCCUCCUCGACCCACACCUGUUAUUUCCCCAGUGGCUCCGCCCAAACCCCGCCCACAGAUCCCAGCUGACCAACCACUAACUUCCACUCCGACCGCACGUCCUGUGUCCAUUACGAAAACCUAUCAGGAGAGGACUGAAGACGCAUGGAACAUCACACUGGAGUCUGAGCAAUCUGCAACUGAGUCAGUGCUCAUGAGGAAGACAAGGAGGAGUGAAGGAGAUAGCAUCUAUAUUCGUCACAGCAUUCUGAUGCUGGAGGAUUUUGAUGUGUCCCAUGAGAUGAUUUUGAAGCACUAUGCCAGCAUUUCGGAACUUAAGCGUGUCUUUAUGGAUGUCAAGCAAGAUUUUGGACCCACUGAAUGGGACAGACGUCUCUCGUCAUACUCACCUACUGCCAAAGCUGAGUUCCUGCAUGCCAACGAUGAGAUACUUGUGAGAAUGGGCUUAAUUGAAGAAGAUGGAAAAACAGUGUUGUUUCGUUCUCAAGAGAUAAUAUAUGUGUGAAUUCUAACAGCUUAAACUUAUGAUUUAUAUGCACUUACAUAUAAUCACUGCUGAAACAUUCAAGGAUGUGAAUAUAUUGAAAAACAAAUGCUUUUCAUGUUUUAUACAGUAGAUUGUAAUUCUGUUUCGCAUUUCUCUUAUGUUUGAUCAAUCUAAUUUUACAUAGUUGAUAGUAGACAUUUCCUUAAUCAUGUCCACAACAGUAUAUCAAAAGCAUCACUUAAUUUGUGUAGACCUUCAGACUAAAAAAAAAAUCUUUUUUUAACUGCUUACACCAAUUCAGUUAUAUUCAAAAGGAAUAAAAGCUGUCAUAUGCACUGCCCAA